AAAGCUAGACAGGCGAGAAGUUAUGAUAUCCAUCAUGGCGUAGAUCGUGGAUCACGCUAAAAGCGGUAAACCAGGUAACACAUGUUAUAGUUCAUGUUACAAACACCUAAUAAAAUCCCAGUUGCUCAGUCGUAUUUUUGUUUAUAAAUAUAUAUAUACAACAACACAAUUUCACAAGGAUACACAACACAUUCUCAAGGAUACACAACACAAGUUCUCAAAGUCACUUUGGUGGAGCUAAAGAAAUGGCACCACCGCAUUUUCUAUUGGUAACGUAUCCAGCGCAAGGUCACGUGAACCCAGCCCUCCGUUUUGCUCAUAGACUCAUAAGAACCACCAGUGCACGUGUCACUUUAGCCACGUGCCUCUCCAUCUAUCAUUGUUCUAAUAUCCUAAACCUCGACAACUUGUACAACCUCUCUCUCCUUACCUUCUCUGAUGGAUACGACGACGGGGUCAUCUCCACCACUGAAGACGUCCAGAAACGUCUCCUGAACCUCGAACAUAACGGCGAUAAAACGCUAUCCGAGUUCAUCGAAGCAAACCGAAAUGGAGACUCUCCCGUGGCUUGCGUGAUCUACACGAUACUUCCCAGUUGGGUUCCAAAAUUGGCGCGUAGGUAUCACCUUCCCUCUGUUCUCCUAUGGAUCCAACCCGCUUUGGCGUUCAACCUUUAUUACAACCACUCGACCAGAACUAACUCGGGUUUCUUCGAGUUCCGGAAUCUUCUUACACUAGAAACCCGUGAUCUUCCUUCUUUCCUCUCACCUUCAAACACUAGCAACACGGCACAAGCAGUGUAUCUAGACUUGAUGGAGUGUCUCAAAGAAGAAUCCAACGUGAAGGUCCUCGUCAACACAUUCGAUUCGCUGGAGCCCAAAGCCUUAACCGCUAUCCCGAAUAUCGAAAUGGUGGCCGUUGGCCCUUUACUUCCUCCAGAUGUUUUCACAAAGAGCGAAUCAGUUAGAGAUCAAAGUAGUUAUUCACUUUGGCUAGACUCGAAAACAGAGUCUUCUGUUAUUUACGUUUCUUUCGGAACAAUGGUUGAGUUGUCCAAGAAGCAAAUAGAGGAACUAGCGAGAGCUCUGAUAGAAUGUAAAAUACCAUUUUUGUGGGUUAUAACUGAUAAAUCAAACAGAGAAGCAAAAAUAGAAGGAGAGGAGGAGACGGAGAUUGAGAAGAUAGCUGGUUUCAGACACGAGCUCGAUGAGAUUGGUAUGAUUGUGUCAUGGUGUUCGCAGGUGGAGGUUUUAAGACAUAAAGCUGUAGGUUGCUUUUUGACUCAUUGUGGAUGGAGCUCAACGCUUGAGAGCUUGGUUCUCGGCCUUCCGGUGGUGGCGUUUCCUAUGUGGUCAGAUCAACCAACCAACGCAAAGCUUUUGGAGGAUUUAUGGAGGACAGGUGUGAGGGUGAGAGAGAACGAGGAAGGAUUGGUGGAGAGAGGAGAGAUAAGACGAUGUUUCGAAGCAGUGAUGGAAGGGAAGUCUGUGGAGCUGAGGGAAAACGCCGAGAAAUGGAAGCGUUUAGCGAUUAAAGCGGGUAGAGAAAGAGGGUUAGCAGAUAGGAACAUGGAGGCUUUUGUGGAUUCUCUAUUCAGUGAGGCAGAGAAGGCUAAAGAUAAAAAUGAGUGCUUGGACAACAAAUCUAACUUGCUCAACUAGUUGAAGAUUGUUUCUAACCUUGCCCUCUCCUCAUUAGUCUCAUUAAAAAAUAAAAAUAAAGGAUGCAUUAUCGUUGUCUUGAUAAAUUCUAUGUAUUUGAGCAAGUAUAAAUGUAUUUGAUGUACUUUAGAAAACGUUUUCUUAUAUCAUUUUCUUAUCACAUAUUUUAAUUAAAA